GCUCACAGUGGGGGAAAAGAGAGAAGACAGGAAGGAUUUCUGAGGACUCUGGACCUGUCCCUGGCGUGCCCAGAAUGGCGGCUCUCCCCGGCACAGUACCGAGAAUGAUGAGACCCGCUCCGGGACAGAACUACCCUCGGACUGGAUUUCCCUUGGAAGUGUCCACCCCACUGGGCCAAGGGCGGGUGAAUCAGCUUGGCGGGGUCUUCAUCAACGGCAGGCCCCUGCCCAACCACAUCCGCCACAAGAUCGUGGAGAUGGCCCACCACGGCAUCCGGCCCUGCGUCAUCUCCCGACAGCUCCGUGUCUCCCACGGCUGUGUCUCCAAAAUCCUAUGCCGCUACCAGGAGACGGGCUCCAUCCGGCCUGGGGCCAUCGGGGGCAGCAAACCCAGGCAGGUAGCCACUCCAGACGUGGAGAAGAAAAUCGAGGAGUACAAAAGAGAAAACCCUGGGAUGUUUAGCUGGGAAAUCCGGGAUCGGCUGCUCAAGGAUGGACACUGCGACCGGAGCACGGUUCCCUCAGUGAGUUCGAUUAGCCGCGUGCUCAGAAUCAAAUUCGGGAAGAAAGAGGAAGAGGAUGAGUGCGACAAGAAGGAGGAGGACGGCGAAAAGAAGGCGAAACACAGCAUUGACGGCAUUCUGGGCGACAAAG